CUGCACGGAAACGUCCCGAGUUGGAUUUGGAGCACUGUAUUGGCAACUUUGAGUUUUCUGUUGUACCAAAGGCCUUGUUCAGUGCUGAUGGAAUUCCAUUGGCUUGUUUAGACAAAUCAAAAUUGAUUCACGGUAUAGAGGAAUUAGCCAGCAAAGGACAAACGACCAAUGGUUUAUCUGGAGAAGUCGAAACAAACAAAGUAAUCAUUAUAGAUGGAAUGGCUGUUGUGAAUCAAACUCCAAAAACACCGGCAGUUAAAACAUGCAAGGAUUUCGCAUCAGCUUUCACAGAACGUGUACUACAAAUUUCAAGAGGAUGUGAUGAAAUACGAUUGGUAUUUGAUCGCUAUAUAGAAAACUCCUUGAAAGCACGGACAAGAAAGCAUCGUACAUCUGGUAAUGAAGUUCGAUACAAAGUAUCAGACAACACCAAUAUUUCAUCCAUUAGUCUCAAGCAAUUUCUUUCCCACAUUGAUACAAAGCAAGCUUUAACCAUCUACCUGGCAAAGAAAGUGAUGGAGGCUCUUUCAUCAUUGCAUAUUCGGUAUAUAGUGACUUAUGAUACUAAAAUGGAAUCAAAUUUUGUUGAUUGCAGAAUACACGACCACGAAGAAGCUGACACAGCACUUAUAUAUAAUGCUAUGGAUGUUGCACAACAAUCUCCUUUCACCAGUUGUAUUGUUUACUCUCCGGAUACUGACGUGUUUCUACUGCUAAUUUACUACUAUGAGAUGUUACCAAUAAAUACCAUUUUUAGAACAGGGCGAGGUUCUACUCUACGUGAUAUUGAUAUUCGUAAUUGCUUUGAAGCCCUUGGUGCAGUACACGCGAAAGCUAUUCUUGGUUUUCAUACGUUCACAGGGUGUGACCAAACUGGGCGUUUCAACAAGAAAUCGAAGUCUGCUUGGCUGAAGAUUUUUUUACAGGCAGAUAAUGAGGUGGUUCUGGCAUUAUCGACACUUGGAAGUACUGUCGAACUUCCUAAUCUGGAAACACUGGAAAGCUUAGAACGUUUCGUGGUUUCAAUGUAUAAGGGGAAUAAAUGUCCUGCAGACGUGGUAUCACUAUCUCAAUUGCGUUGGAAUUUAUUCUCCAAAUUCCAGUGUGAUGCUGAUAUGUUGCCACCAACAUUAGCUGCAUUAAAGUACAAAAUAUUCAGGUGUCACUUCAUUUCAAUGGUUUUACGAAGCUCGCAUAUCCUCAUUCAACAACUUCCGAAUGCAGUCAAUUAUGGUUGGGAUACAGAUGAAGUCGGUAACUUAUUCCCCAUAAUGACUGAUGAACUUCCUGCACCGUUGGCACUCAUCGAGUUAAGUUCUUGUAAUUGCAAAACAAGUUGCAUAUCCAACCGAUGUAAAUGCCGUAAAAAUGGUUUUUUGUGCACUGACAUGUGUAAAUGUACGAUGUGUCAAAACAGUGGUGGCGCAAGCGAUGAAUCCGAGUCAGAUGAAUAUAGUUCUAGUGAUGAUGAGUGAAUGAAACAUUGUACAAGCAUUGCUAAAGUUGUUUUUUGUCAUUAUUUUCAGCAAUUUUUUUAACUUUGUGAAAUUGCCAGAAAGAAAGUAAACAACUAAACACGUGCUUUGGUCUGUAAAUUACUGGUCUGUAAAUUAUCUCUUGAAGUGAUUUGAACAAUAAAUUUUGAUCAAACAGAAAGACAUUAGGGUGACCCAAUACCAUACUAAAAUUCAACAAAAAAACUUCGCUAUUGAGCAGGUUAUAGUCAUUUUUGGGCUGGGUCAGUAAAUUACCGGUCUGUAAUUUGUACAAAGUUUGAAUAGUAAUAUCUUUCGAACGUUACGUUUUGAAGACAUGGUUCUUACAUUUUUUUUGAUCCACUUGAUCUCCUCUUUCCAACGAUAUAUAAUAUGACAUAUAAAUGUGAAAUUAUUUUUUUGCUGACUGUAAAAGUGAUGACGUCAUCUAAUUUGGUCCGAUGGGACAAAAAAUUUUGCCACCCAUAUUUUUUUGGUAAUUUGGGACCUAAGGAACAACUUUAAAUCAAAAAAUCACUUUUAACACACAUGUGCACACGAAGCUUUAUAUCAGA